CUCGACCCCUCCAACCAACGACCAUACCAUCGCACCAAGCGGACAUGGCCGACGAGGAGGAGAACGGCGUUGGCAGUCUUCAAGACGAAGCAUACAAGCGCAGGGCACGGCUUCGUGCAAUGCGGGAGGGCGCAGCGGCCAGCGCUGUUCGUAGGACGAACGACGACAACGACAACAACGACAACGACAACGGCGACAACGAUGACGACGGCAAGCAGACACGACACUCCUCACAGGCAACAGGAGGCGAUCGCAAGCGCUGGCGAGGCGAAGACAACAUUGACGAGGCGGACGAGAGCAGCGCAAUGGACGACGGAUCCAACGAUGCUGAUACAACCCUGCGCUUCCGAAACUACACUCCCAACGACGCCAAGCUAGCCAACGCGCAGAUCGAGCACCCAGACUUGCCAGAGCCCGAGAAGGACGUCGCGGAGAUUGCCAAAGCCGAUGCGCGGAUUCACGAUAUUGAUCUCGUGAAUCUUGCACCACGCAAGCAGAACUGGGAUUUGAAGCGGGAUGUCACCAAAAAGCUCGAGAAACUGGAGCGUCGGACAAAUCGAGCGAUAGCCGAGCUUAUUCGUGACAGACUUACAGCUCAAGGCCAGAUAUUCUCCACGACGCUUCCUUCUACCAACUGAGGAGAGCGUGUUUGAUACGUUUUGCGCUGUCGAUGUUUUCUUGGUUUUGUCAUGUAACAUUUCGAUUGGUUAUUCCUUCUCGAUGACUACAUAUUUUUUUGAAAAAACCAAUUUGUGUCGGGGACACUGAAAGCACUCC